AUGUCUCAGCAGGGCCUGAUUUCUAGCAGAGGAUUACAUGAUCCAAGGGAUGAUGUGCAUUUAGUGCAAAAAUUGGAACUUGUUGGGAUCCAGGUUUGGACAGAAGAGCUAAUUGAAAUCAUUCUAAAGGAAGGAUUCUGGAUCAAAGAUAGUUACAGCAGUGGUUUAUUAUAUUAUCGAAAGUUAAUAGAGUCAAUCUGGCAGAAGUACACCGGGCAACAACCUGUUGGGUUUUUCUGUGUUGAAAACAAUGAACACGGAAGGCCGGGUCCGAUCGAUAACUCGGACAUUGUUGCAGAUCAAACCGACGUUGAUGAUGAUGAUGACCGUCGGCUCCUUAGGACAUUGUUACAAGGGCGUGAUUACGUGUUAUUGCCGGAAGAAGGGUGGGAAAGGCUGUAUUCAUGGUACAAAGGUGGACCUGUGAUAGCUCGGAAGAUGAUAACGGUUGGAUCUGCGGCCAAGCAGUUGAUUGUUGAGAUGUUUCCUCUCUGUCUCACGUUGAUUGAUUCUAGGGAUGAUAGUGAAUCUUGUUUAAGGUUGAGCAAGAAGGCUUCUUUACGUGAACUUUACCAUGUUGUCGGUCAGCUGAAGGGGUUUGAGCCUGAGAAGUUUCGGGUUAGGGACUAUUUCGACAGAAGGAAGUGGCUUGUUUUAGUUCCUUCUUCAGGCCGAAUCCUGGAAGAUUCUCAACUUCAGAUGGAUCAACAUAUUCUCCUUGAGGUGGAGAGUUAUGGAACUUGGUCUUCCGAAUCUUCUGCCACAGACUACUGGAAACCUGCCAGAUCUUCUUCUUUUACAAUUGCAGGAGGUCCAAGUUUAUCUAAUGGCUAUUCAACUGGUCUCAGCAGCAGCAAUAUUUACCAAGGAAUAUCUGUCCGUGAAUCGCGUGAAGAAGAAGAAGAAGAGAUGGAGGAUGAAUGUGAUGAUAAUACGAAACAGGAAAGCAAUUCAAGGCAGGUCUUACCCUCUACAUCCGAAAAGGAUCUACCAGAGCAUAUUAAAAAUGCUUGGCAGAUUUUCACUUGCAAUUGUAACUAUAGCUGGAUUGUUAGCUACAAAGCAGCAGAGCAGAUUUAG